AUGGUGUUGAACAGAAUGCAGAAUGCUACUGAGGAGGCGCAGAAGCAGGCAAUGAAGAAGAGGGAGGAAGAACGCAAAGCUCGCGGCGAAUCUGGCGAGGAUGAUACUCCAAUUGAGCUGAAUGAUGACGAUCUCAAGAAGGCAUCUGAGGAGUUCGAGAGUGCUCUACCAGUGUUCCUACGUACAGCGUGGGAUAUGUGCGCUCUUGAUAUCGAGCACACUGUGAAGAUUAUUUGCAAAAGAGUUUUGAUGGACAUAUCAGCCCCGUGGCAGAUUCGGAUGAGAAGGGCGUAUGCAUUAUUGAGGAUGGGUCAGAUCUUCGAGGAUAUGGGUCAAGUUGAAGACACGAAGUCGUCAUGCGAAGGAGCUAAGAAGAAGUUGGAGGAAGCACUGUAUAGCAGUUUCAAGGAAAAGGCUGGAGGACGACCUUAG